AUGCGCGCGGGCAUCAGCGAGUUUGGCGGCAGGAGGCCACCAGAUCCUUCGGUGGUGGGCGCGGUCUCAGAUGGCACCCUGAGUCCCAGCAUCAAGGAAGAGGCGGCCCUGCCGGAGCACCACGGCGCGAUGCUGGCGGAGAUGGGCCGGCUAGGUGUGCCGCUGAAGCCAGGCUUCUGCAUACGCGCGGACUGCAUCGCGUCUAAGCCCGAUUCCGUCGAGCUGUGGGAGGCGCUCGAGCCGGCGAUUGUCAGGCUUAGGGACAGGGAGGCGGAGGAAGACGGGGAGUAG